AUGCCAGAAUUGUCCAAAAAAAGUCACAAUGUGGAAUACAAUGAAUAUGAUUGGAAAACCAUAUAAAACAGGUAAAAAUAGUCAUAUCUAUAGGAUAUAUAUUUAGAUCAAUAGCGAGCAAUAAGACUCAUUUUGUCGGUCUUUCUCAAAAUAAUACAUUAAAUAUUUACAAUUGGUUAGAGUAAUCUUUUAACACUGUAUAAAUUGUGCCAAUAAGUUCAGAACUUUAUUGUAUUAAUAUCAUAUUUACAUUUAAUGUUAAAUUUCUUCUAGAUUGUUAUAAAAAUAAUGA